AUGGACGACCGCAAUCACCUCGCCGUCCGUGGGCGAGGUAAAGAGAACGAGCCCCCAACAAGAAGCUCUCGGAAACGUACAUCUGAUAUUGGCGGCGACCCAUCGACCAGCCGUCGCGGAGUUAGAGAGCCAUCAGUACAAGCGGACCACGGCGAUGGGGAUGAGUACGACCCGGAACAGCCAAUGCAGGAGCGUCGCCAGAUCCAACGGUCUAUGCGGGAGUCAUGGAGAGAAUUAAAGGAGAAUCAGGACCGACUUAUCGGAGAGGAUCACAAUCCGUUGAUUCGCAUACUUGAUAAGCAGGACGCGACCCUGGUUAGGGUCAAGCAGACCAAUGAGGCGGCAAUUGACGCCAGGGUCCUAGUCUCGAUCGCAGACAUGAGUGUCAAGCGAGCACAGAAGAUUGGACAAGGAAACGUCGGCGGUCUUGACUUGGAUGAAUUUAUAUCUAAGGCUUCUACGUUUAUGCGGAACGGCGGUGGUAUCGAGAACGACGAGGCUGCCGAGUUAUCAAACACCCAAAGAAGGAGGAGACAGCCUCGUGGAGCUCUGGGCAGCGACGAGGAGGAUAUCGGCGACGAAGGCGACAUGGCCAACUGGACACACCUCGGUCGCUACGCCGCGAUACCAGCCAUCCUUAGGCCUCCCGUGCCAGGGUUCCUGUUGGGGCCGCUUUCGAUAGAGAAGAAGGCCCGAAAGGUCACCAAACGGUCAGCGCCUUUCAAAGUCAGCAAUCUUAUAGAGGUACGACCUCAGGAACUCCGGGCAGAAGACCUCAAGCGAAAUACCAGGAACGAUCUUCCCUCCAUUUGCAAGAACAUCCUGGUCCGGCUGGAAGCCCAUGAAUCAAAAGCUCAGGAUUUGGCCCGAGAGAAGUGCAGACAACUUGAGGCGGACCGUGGGACUGAACUCUCGGAAGAACAGUUGCGGCAGGUGAUGGAUGGGCUUGGUCUUAACGGCAGUGGCAAUGUGGAUCUGUUACGCUUCGUAAUCAACCCACAUUCGUAUGGCCAAACAGUAGAGAACAUGUUCUACGUCAGUUUCUUGCUGCACGAGGGCAAUAUCGAGCUCAAAUUUGACGGCAAUGGCCUGCCAGGUAUUGAUGACGAGGCCGAGUCGGCAUCACGAGCCAGAGCGCCUAUGAGACAUCAGGCUAUCAUGUCAAUCGACAUGGAGAUGUGGAGCGCUAUCAUCGAGGCUUUUGGCAUCAAGCAGCCUAUAAUACCACACCGUCAAGAAGAGGACCAGACUGGACCUGGCGCACGUGGUUGGUAUUAUUGA